UAACUUCCUGCAGGGACUUCGGACGCUGAAGCAUGCAGUCGCCCCAGCGGAGGAGGCUGAAGCGCAGCCGCGUCCUCUUCUUCGUGUCGGGCGCGCUGCUGUGUUGCAUCUAUACUCUGAGUCUGAAGACCAGGCAGUCUCCAGCCCCCGGCAGGACUGAUGCCGGGGGCGGCCACGGCGCCCUGGAGGUCAGACUUCGGGAGGUGAGGGCGCCCAAUGAGUCGCUGGAGAGCACCAUGCCUCCUCUGGUGAUGGUCGUCAACAGGACGGAUCUGGAGCAGUGCGUCUACGUGGAUCCCCGACUUGCCAGAGCGCCUCCAACUCCCCCGCUGCUGACCACCACGGCCCCUCCUCCUCAACACCCAACCCAGCCCCCGCAAAGUCAGGGGGACUACCCGGAAGACAUCUUCUCAGUGGAGCAGAGGCGCCGAGGGUGGGUGGUCCUCCACAUCAUCGGGAUGACCUACAUGUUCGUUGCCCUGGCCAUCGUCUGCGACGAGUUCUUCGUCCCCGCGUUGGAGGUCAUCGCUGCCAAGCUGAAGAUCUCCGACGACGUGGCCGGGGCCACCUUCAUGGCGGCUGGCGGCUCCGCCCCGGAGCUCUUCACUUCCCUCAUCGGGGUCUUCAUCUCCCACAGCAACGUGGGCAUCGGCACCAUCGUGGGGUCUGCCGUCUUCAACAUCCUGUUCGUGAUUGGCAUGUGCGCCAUCUUUUCCCGGGAGAUGUUGCACCUCACCUGGUGGCCGCUCUUCCGGGACGUGACCUUCUACAUCCUGGACCUCAUCAUGCUCAUCGUCUUCUUCCUGGACAACGUGAUCUGGUGGUGGGAGAGCGCGCUGCUGGUGCUGGGCUACAUGAGCUACGUAGUCUUCAUGAAGUUCAACAGUCAGAUUGAACAGACGUUCAAAAGCCAGCUCAGCAAACACGUGAGCAUCGUCAAGGUGUGGAGCACUGCCGAGCCGGAGAAGGACAGUGAAGCCGCUCCUCCUCCUCCUCCUCCUGCUCCUCUUCCUCCUCCUGCUGCUGAUCCCCAAAAAACGGAAAACAAACCGAAACCUGAAGCUGCGCCGGCUGCAGCGGGAAGCCCUGAGCACAACAACCAGCAGCCAGAAACUCAAGAGGACAAAGAUCGGCUCCGGGUGCGUCCAGUUUUACAGCGAGGUGGCAGCUCGGCGUCGCUGCACAACACGUCCCUGAGGAGCACCAUCUUCCAGCUGAUGAUCCACACACUGGACCCGCUGGGAGAAGAAGCAGCCCUCCGGGGCGCCGCCAGAACCGGUCGGCCAAAGAAAAUCACAGAAGAAACGUCCUUUAAUGGUGAUGUCAAAGGGGAGGGGCUUGUGCAGAAGAAAGCAAAGAACAAAGUAAAACCUCUGGAUGUCUCGGUGACAGAGAAACAGCAGAACAAGUCACAUCACCGCCGCGCUGAAGAUACGGGUCACAAACAGAAGUCAGAGCAAAUUGCUUCUGCUGGAACACCAGGGGGCGCCGCAGCUCAGCCGUCCACCUCGCAGCCUCCAGCAGAGGAGACUCCGCAGAAAACCUCAGCGGAGUCAAAGGCAGCAGAAUCAGCUGGAGAAACUGGAGGAUCGCAGGACAGCGCCCAGGAAGAUGGUGGCGAAGACGAAAGCGGCGACUCUAGUGAGAGCGAAGAAGAAGAGGAAGAAGAGGAAAACAAAGAAGCAGAAGAACAAGAGAAGGAAGAGGAGAGCACGCCGUUGUCCUUGGGGUGGCCCGACAUGCCGCGGAAACAGGCCACAUACCUGUUCCUGCUGCCCAUCGUGUUCCCGCUGUGGCUCACGCUGCCGGACGUCCGCAACCCGGCGUCCAGAAGAUUCUUUAUCAUCACGUUUAUCGGCUCCAUUCUCUGGAUCGGCAUCUUCUCCUACCUGAUGGUGUGGUGGGCGCAUCAGGUAGGCGAGACUAUCGGCAUUUCUGAGGAGGUUAUGGGCCUGACCAUCCUGGCGGCAGGAACGUCCAUCCCAGACCUCAUCACCAGCGUGAUUGUAGCUCGGAAAGGUUUGGGAGACAUGGCCGUCUCCAGCUCUGUGGGAAGCAACAUCUUCGACAUCACAGUUGGCCUGCCCGUCCCCUGGCUCAUCUACACCGUCAUCUACGGCAAGCCGGUGGCGGUCAGCUCCAACGGCUUGUUCUGCGCCAUCGUGCUGCUCUUCCUCAUGCUCCUCUUUGUCAUCAUCUCCAUCGCAGCCUGCCGCUGGAAGAUGAGCAAAAAGCUGGGCGUCACCAUGUUCGUCCUGUACUUUGUGUUCCUCAUCCUCAGUGUCCUGCUGGAGGACCGCAUCCUCAUCUGUCCCGUCUCAAUCUGACGGCAGAGACUGCCUGGACCGGACUGGUUCUGAGGGAUUUAUGUUGGGUCGGAGGGUCUACAAGUUUGUGCAGAAAUAUAUCAGUUAUCCAGAUUCCCUCAUUAUGUCUCAGUCCCACUCAGCAAGAAUAAAUAUAAUUGUUAUAUUUACAGUAUUUAUGAUCUGAUCCUUCAGAAAAGCAGCAGAACAAUAAUCUAUAACUUUGCAGUUUCUAGAUUUCAUAGAUAUUGGCUUCUGUUUGUAAAGUUAUAGUCUAAUAUUAACUGCAAUAAUUUGAGUUAUUUAACCCAUCAGAAGAAAAAAAAGGGAUUUAAUUUUUGUCAUUUCUCCAUGUUUACACAUUCAGAAAUAAACUAAACAUUUAGGUUGGAACUAAACAUUUAGCUCCAUACUAAAUAUUUAGUUAGCAAGUGUGACAGCAUGUUGAGGUCAUUGUAGAUAGAAAAAAGGAAGACAUUUCUGGCAAAGAAAAAAACGUUUUAGAUGAACACAAGUUUGAGAUUUUUUUUUUUCAAAAUUCAAAACAUUUUGACUUUUGAAACUCACAUUUUUUUAGAUUAUUCUCAAAAUUGCUUUGUUUUUUGGCGGACAUUUAUUCCUUUUUAUUAAUUUACAGUGGCCCUAACACCUCCAUAGGCAAGCUAAAUUUAGUUUGAGGUUAAAUUCUUAGCUUUCAACUACAUAUUACGCUAGCAAGCUAAAUAUGUAGCUUACAAUCUAAAUAUUCCUUAGCAUUAGUUAUUCGCUAUAGCUAUCAUAAUAGCUAGAACAUAUAUUACAACAAUUGGUAUAGUAAAUAUUUCUAAAUAUUAGCUAUAGCAGGCAAAGUGCUAAUUAGCUUGUCGAUAGCCGGAAGUGGACUACCAAAAUAAAGCUGGGAUUUUCGAAUCUUUAAACUUUUGCUGGCGUGACUAACUCGCUUUAAUGUAGUUCAUGUCACUUUUUCCCCUCUUGACAUGUGCAACAUUUCGCCUUAAACAUAGGACGAGUCUUUUUAAUGACAAUACUUCUUCUAGAAAUGAGCACAGCGGGUGUUAGGAAAACAGAGCUUUUAUUUUGACAGCUCACUUCCGGUAAAUGGUACAUGAAGUAGCAUAUUAGUUAAACAUUUAGCAGAGAUAAACGUAAAUAUUUGUAGUUUGGGUUUCACACUACAAAUACUUAGCAUAGUAGCUAAAUAUUUAGCUUGCUAAAUAAAUGGUUAGUUCAAAACCGACUUUUUCUAUCGUGACAACAGGCUAAAUAACGAAUUAUUGCCGUUAAUUUUUGACCCCAUACAUAGCGCCUUAAAUUACUGCUGGAUUCCUAGACUGUACUUUAUCUACACUGCAGGUGCCAGUUUAAUGUUAUUUAGUUCGAUAAAAACUCAAAAGUCUAAAAAUAGCUGCCAGAAUAUACCUUACCUGCGGCAGGAUCCAAUGUUUGUUGGAAUUUGGGUGGCACAUGUAGAGAAAUAUAAAAUAAAAACAGUACUUUUGACGCACCUUAUCGACAUCUCGGCUUGUAAAAUAUGUGGCACCAAUGCUUCUAGUAACGACCACAAGAUGGCGCUCAUUUACUGUUAGAAAGGCAGUUACAUCGUCAGAGAAGGAAACUCCAGUCAGUAAAUGUAGUUUUACUAAUUACAGAUCCUCAUUUUCUUCCAAGGUAGCAGUAUUCCACUUCCUGUCCUUUUAUGGCAUUUGAAGUGGGAGAAAAUGUUUAUUAUUUACACAUAAUUGUUAAAUAAUUGGUAAAAGAGAUGCAGAAUAGCUUAUUCUGACUCAGAUUGAUAAAACAAGAUAAUUUAGAGGAAUUUCAUGAACUCUGGUUUAUUGGAGCUGUAUUUUUUUUUCACCAGGAUGAAAAGACGCUACAAUAAAAAAAUUAUUUAAAAAAUGGUGCAGCAGUUUGAAUAUAUGUGGAUUUUCUCUAAUAGAAAACAAUACAGUUAAUGGUUAAGCUUCUAAUAACAGUGAGCUGAAAAAUUGUACAGGUUCUGCAACAAUCAUUUGAGAUAAAACCAAUAAUUUUAUGAUUUAUCGAUGCAGAAAAAUCUGAUAUUUAUAGGAAACCCACCAUAAAUCCAAACUUUUGCACCUUUUUUUGUUGAAUCGUUCCACACUUCAAAACAUUUAGAUUCUCUGUGAACUAUUUCUGACCUCUAACUUCUGUUUGUUCCUGUUUUGAUGUAAAAGGAAGAAAAGUGUCGUUACCUGUGCGUCAGAUCGUCGUAGCUGUGAGGAAAAAGUUGAGCGUUUCCCUUUGUCCCGAUACUGUCGUGUUAAACGCCGUUUUUGUUCUUUUUUUUUAUCAAAAUGAAUGCAAACAUGGAUAAAUUUUAAAAAGUGUGAGAUGGUAAUUCCAUGCUGCAAUAAAUUAUUUUUUUUAA